AUGUCGUACAGCUAUGGCGAGAUUGACAGCCUCCGCUCUCCGUCUGGAAGCUCGUCGUACCGAUACUUGUCAGCCCAGGGUUCCACUUCUCGGGAGUCCGCGGCGACGAGCGCUCCGGCCUUCGCUCACUCUCGCGAAGAGGACGACUCUUGCCUGCCCAGCCCGACAUUUCCGUUGUACGGCCAAUACGGCGAGCCUUGGCCGACACCUCGAAACUCGCUGAGUGGUCACUCCGGAGGACAGGAACUGGCGUACAGAGCUCCACCCCCAUUCGUUCACCGCUCGUCCUACGACUCGAGCCCCCGAGCUCGGCAAGCCAUCAGCGACCCGACACUGCAAACAUCUUGGAACAACGAAUGGUCAUAUGCAAACACGCGACAACCUCAUACCAGGCUCCCCACGGGCUACUUUGCGGCCACAUCUCACUCGUACCCGUCCUCGUCGUAUGGGCUACCGGUACCCCUGUCCCCCCAACACAUUUCCGGCCACUCACUGACGCCGCCCUCGGUGCUUUCAGCAAACCCAUAUAUCCCAACCGUCGAACCAAGGCCGCCGAACGUCAGAACUUUCAGCUCGACCAGUGCUAGCUCUUUCCACGGGGGGCGCACUUCAUCUGAAGCGGAUUCCCAGGUGAGCACAAACGUUGGCGACGGAGGGCGAUCAGCACGUCGUGCUGACAGCUUGAGCUUGCUACCGGGCAGCCCUCCUUCGAUGACGAUGCACCCAAGCCAUUCAUUCUGAAGCUCUACCACAUGCUCGCAAACCCGAGCGAGUUCAGCGACGUGAUAAGCUGGGAGUGAGUGCCAUCGCAUCACUGCGUAGUAGUGUGGCGGUCGAGCUGACGCGGGCUGCAGCCCCCCCGGUACGUCCUUCGUCGUCUCUCACAACGAGCGGUUCACGCGCGACGUUUUGCCGGCGCUAUUUGGCCAUGGAAACAUUGCGAGCUUUACGCGUGAGUCCCGCUAUCCAGUCACUCCCAAGAUGGGCAGUGUUCAGGGCGUGCCAUACUGAUCUUGCGAUUCCUCUUGUCUCCGCACGACGGUCGUGCCCCUGCAGGUCAACUCAAUGUGAGUUCCAAUGGCACCUGAUCGCUAGUGCAUCGACAUCUUGCAGGGAGCUGAUCUCAUGCCCUCCUUCCACUGUGUUUCUCCUUUUCUCACCACCACCCGCACAGGUGUACAACUUUGUUCGAUUAACAACAUCGGAACUGCGCUCGAUGUUGGGGCAGCAGGAGACGAGCGAGCUCAGCGGCUGGCGGCACACGCUUUUGGUUCGCGGAGACGAGGCGGGACUCUAUAAGCUCAAGCCUCGACCGAGUAAAGCACGGCAGGCCAAGAAGGCAGAACGGGCCAAGAAAGUCGUCACGGAUGAGCUCGAGUUCAAUUCGCCAUGGCCCAACCCUGGCCAGGACUCGGCAGGCGUUGGCCCGACGAAAUCGCACGCGACUUCUCACCAAGCCCAACACCAGACGCACCCGUACGCACGGUAG